GCAGCACCAUCGAGAACAGUUUUGUGGGCUGGGAGCUGGAGGAGGUGCUGCUGCUGGACAUGUCUGUGGAUGACGGAGACGCUAAGAUCCAGAACCUGCUGAAGAAGCUGCAGAGUCCCGUCAUCCUGCUCUACUCCACCAAAGAGGAGGCCAACAUCAUCUUCCAGGUGGCGCACUCCGUCGGCCUCACGGGGUACGGGUACACCUGGAUCGUGCCCUCGCUGGUGGCCGGAGACGCUGAUCACAUCCCGGCGGAGUUUCCUACAGGCAUGAUCUCAGUGUCGUAUGAUGAGUGGGAUUAUGGGCUGGAGGCGCGUGUGCGUGAUGGUGUGGCUGUUAUCGCCACGGCAACCUCCACCAUGAUGAUGGACCGCGGGCCGCACACGCUGCUGAAGUCUGAGUGCCACGGGGCCCCGGACAAGAAGAGCCCGAUGACGGGGAACAACAACGAGGUGCUCAGGUACCUGAUGAACGUGACGUUCGAGGGCCGCAAUCUGUCGUUCAGUGAGGACGGCUAUCAGAUGCACCCUAAGCUGGUGAUCAUCCUGCUGGAUAAGGAGCGGCAGUGGGACAGAGUGGGUAAGUGGGAGAACGGCUCUCUCUCCAUGAAGUAUCACGUGUGGCCGAGGUUUGAGCUGUACUCUGGGCCGGAGGCUCGUGAGGACGAUCAUCUGUCCAUCGUGACGCUGGAGGAGGCGCCGUUUGUCAUCGUGGAGGACGUGGACCCGCUGAGCGGAACCUGCAUGAGGAACACCGUACCCUGCCGGAAGCAGCUCAAAGCCCUCAAUCAGACGCAGGACUCGGCCGUCUACAUCAAGCGCUGCUGUAAAGGGUUCUGCAUCGACAUCCUCAAGAAGAUCGCCAAGAACGUCAAGUUCACCUACGACCUCUACCUGGUGACCAACGGCAAACACGGCAAGAAGAUCAACGGCACCUGGAACGGCAUGGUGGGAGAGGUGGUGCUGAAGAACGCUCAUAUGGCCGUGGGCUCUCUGACUAUAAACGAGGAGCGCUCAGAGGUCAUCGACUUCUCUGUUCCCUUCAUCGAGACCGGCAUCAGUGUGAUGGUGUCCAGGAGCAACGGCACUGUCUCACCCUCCGCUUUCCUGGAGCCCUUCAGCGCAGACGUGUGGAUCAUGAUGUUUGUGAUGCUGCUGCUGGUCUCCGCCAUCGCCGUCUUCAUCUUCGAGUACUUCAGUCCUGUGGGCUAUAACCGCUGUCUGGCAGACGGCAGAGAGGCCGGCGGGCCCUCCUUCACCAUCGGGAAGGCCAUCUGGCUGCUGUGGGGUCUGGUCUUCAAUAACUCUGUGCCGGUGCAGAACCCCAGAGGAACCACCAGCAAGAUCAUGGUCUCCGUCUGGGCCUUCUUCGCUGUGAUCUUCCUGGCCAGCUACACCGCUAACCUGGCUGCGUUCAUGAUCCAGGAGGAGUACGUGGACCAGGUGUCCGGCCUCAGCGACAAGAAGUUUCAGAAUCCCAAUGAUUUCUCUCCUCCGUUUCGCUUCGGGACGGUCCCGAACGGCAGCACCGAGAGGAACAUCCGCAAUAACUACAGAGACAUGCACUCCUACAUGGUGAAGUUCCACCAGCGCAACGUGGUCGAAGCCCUGGAGAGCCUGAAGACAGGAAAGCUCGACGCGUUCAUCUAUGACGCAGCGGUGCUGAACUACAUGGCAGGCCGAGAUGAGGGCUGCAAACUGGUGACCAUCGGCUCCGGGAAGGUGUUCGCCUCCACCGGAUACGGCAUCGCCAUCCAGAAGGACUCGGGCUGGAAGAGACAGGUGGACCUGGCCAUCCUGCAGCUAUUCGGAGACGGUGAGAUGGAGGAGCUGGAGGCUCUCUGGCUGACGGGGAUCUGCCAUCAUGAGAAGAAUGAGGUGAUGAGCAGCCAGCUGGACGUGGACAAUAUGGCGGGUGUGUUCUACAUGCUGGGCGCCGCCAUGGCCCUGUCCCUCAUCACCUUCAUCGCGGAGCACGUCUUCUACUGGCACAUGCGCUUCUGCUUCAUGGGUGUGUGCUCGGGGAAACCAGGCUUCACCUUCACCAUCAGCAGGGAGAUUUAUAGCUGUAUUCAUGGAGUUGAGAUUGAAGACAAGAGUUCUGCGCUGAAUUCUCCCUCCGCCACCAUGAACAACACACACUCCAACAUCCUGCGUCUGCUGCGCACCGCCAAGAACAUGGCGUCUCUCUCCGGGGUCAACGGCUCUCCGCACAGUGCACUGGACUUCAUCCGCCGUGAGUCUUCAGUGUAUGACAUUAGUGAGCACCGCCGCAGCCUAGCCGGACACUCGGACUGCAAAGCGCCAUACCUGCCUGACGACAACAUGUUCAGCGACUACAUCAGCGAGGUGGAGCGCACCUUUGGGAACCUGCAUUUGAAGGACAGCAACUUAUACCAGGACCACUACCUGCACCACCAUGGCGGCUCUGCCCUGGGGUUAGCGGGCCCCCUGCCCAACCGGCCCCUUAGCCUGGGCUCCAGCAGCUCUCUGGAGGGUGGCAUGUUUGACUGUGAGAGCCUGGGUGGUGGCGUGGCCCCAAUAUUCACCACGCAGCCGCGCUCUGCCCUGACCCACAGGAACAUGAGCAAAUUUGACCUGCUGCAGAGCCAGACUCCUCCGUCAGGCCCGGGCCUAAAGCAGGGGCUGGCUGACCUGUACGGGAAGUUCUCCUUUAAAGGUGGAGCGUCCAGUUCAGGGUACAUCGCAGGGCAUGACCGGUACUGCGGUGGAGCCGAUGACGGAAACAUCCGCUCGGACGUGUCCGAUAUUUCCACUCACACAGUCACCUACGGCAAUCUAGAGGGCAAUGCUAAAAAACGAAAGCAGUACAGAGACAGCCUGAAGAAGAGGCCCGCGUCUGCAAAGUCCCGACGCGAACUUGAUGAGAUCGAGAUGGGUCACCACCGCCGCCGCCAGCACCACCACCAUCACCACCACGGCCACCGCUCCGCCUCACCUCCAUCCGAGCGCAAACGUGCCGGUGUCAGCUCCACCUCAUACCUGCUACAGGACAAGGAGAGCCUCAAGGAUUUCUACUUGGAC